UCAACUAUUUACCAGCAAAAUGAAGCUAAACCCAAUGAUUUCUUACCUAAACUUCUCUCAAUUCCAACUCUGAUUGUGAAUUGUAAUCAAUCAUCGAUCUUAUCUUGAUUCAAGAUUACAAAUUUACAAACAUGGAUAAUAUUUCCAACACUACUCUACAAAUGCUCAUCUCCAACCCACCAAAUUUAACAACCAUCAUCACCAACUCCAUCCCCGCCGCCGCCGCCGCCGUAUCAUCAUCAUCUUCUUCUCCGACGAAUCUCAGCCGAUACGAGAACCAAAAACGCCGUGACUGGAACACUUUCGGUCAAUACCUUAAGAACCACCGUCCUCCACUCUCACUCCCCAGAUGCAGCGGUGCCCAUGUCCUUGAAUUCCUCCGUUACCUCGAUCAAUUCGGGAAAACUAAAGUUCAUACACAAAUUUGCCCUUUUUUUGGUAACCUUAACCCACCCGCCCCUUGUUCUUGCCCUCUCCGACAGGCGUGGGGUAGUUUAGAUGCACUCAUUGGCCGACUCCGGGCGGCUUACGACGAAAAUGGUGGCGGCCCACCUGAGUCUAACCCGUUUGGGGCCCGUGCUGUUAGGCUUUAUCUUCGUGAAAUUCGUGAUUCUCAGGCUAAGGCUAGAGGAAUUAGUUAUGAGAAGAAGAAACGAAAACGGCCAAAUCCACCGGCGGCGGGGAUGAUUACACCUCCGACGAACUGAUCGGAGUUGGGUUGGGUUUAGGGUUUAAUCUUGAUGAUGCAUGGAUGAGAAUCUGAUCAUGGUAGUAUUCAAUGCAUUAUAGUUUAUAUAUUUG